AUGUACAUCUUGAACGACGUUGCAGAGGAGCGCAACCUCGAUACAAUAGCAAGAUGCACCAGGGUCUGCGGAUUCUUCCGGGAAUUGUGUAAGAAGCAUUUACAGGACGAGUUGACUUUCAGGAGCGAGGAGGACGUGGAGCGCAUCAAGACAGACAUGGCAGCAAAGGAGAUCGGGGGCUGGCGAGGACCGCGACGCGUGACCAUCAGGGGAGAAGUGGAAUCGAAAGCGAUUCCACACAUGGCCACGUUCGCAUCCAAAUUCGCAGGCAGAUGGAAUGAGGUCUACAAGCUGACCAUCGAGAACGCGUCGUGGCCGUCGUCGCUCCGAGCCGCCGACGCUGUGGUCUUCCGGGAUUUAUCCCGCUUUGCCUCGAUCACCAACCUCUUCUUGAAUGACGUCACGUUUCCAUCCAUCGUCACAUUUGGCGCCUUCACUUCUGCUCUGUCGAGCGUCAUACAGCUUAGCCUCACUAACGUUAAGCUCACCGGAUCCUCAAUUUCAUUCGACCCUCGUACGCUUUCCGAUUUUCGCCUGCUGCCACUAAACAACAACCUGCGUUCUAUUAUCCUGGGCAAAGAUUACCUCUGGCACGGGCAUGAGUCUGAUCCUUCUGCAUGGCCGUGCUAUACAGAACUUCUUGCUUUCAUGAUAGCCGUAAGCAACCCCUGUGGCAAGUCCCCUCGCGUCUAUCCCUGGGGCUCCGUCCACCACUUGCAGCUCGACGUGGACAUCUGGUGGAAAUUCUCCUCCUCCUCCAUUUCCCGGCUCCUGCGUGCACUUCCAUCACUUGAGGACAUCGAGUUUAAAAGUGCAAGAAGCAACCGUGUGGAUAUUGAGAUCGAAGGAGUCCCCGCGCAUCCCAGGUUGAAACCAAUCACAAUUGGUGUGCAUUGUGCGUAUGUCCAGCCUCAGCAUGUGGCCCGUAUCAUCCAUUGCUUGAUCGAUAUGGACUAUCCCCUCAAAAUCACGCGAAUAUACACUGCGAUCUAUCCCUUCCUACAAGAGGCUGAUCGGUUGGUGGCCAGCGCCAUCAAUAAAUUGGUUCAGCAUGCGGGACCGUCCCUCGACAAUCUUGGUCUUGAUCUCGGAGGCCACAGAUGGAACUUAUAUUAUGCAGUUUAUGCUGCUGCAGCCCAAUACCGUCAAUGUGAUCUCUUUGCGAACACAAACUGCACGUCCCUUCGAAUUGGUAAUUGCCAUGCAUCCUGGCUUGGCGUGCACGAGGUUCUGUCUCACGUCACAUCAAGAUGCGUGUCUUCCGUCAGCAUCGAUUCUGCUCCGUUGUCUUGGGGUGACCGGGGAGAGUUGAUUGAGGGCCUUUCGCAAUUGGACACCGUGCUUUUACUUCCUGUCUUCGACAAUCUCGUGCACGUACUGAUAUCGGUGAGAAAUUUGGAAGCUGUGUCUCAUGUAGAGAUGGAAGAGAUGGAAGAGGUGACAGAAUGGGCGCACGAGAUGAAGUCAUGCAUGGCGAGACUCCACGAACGAGGAAUUUUAGGGAUUGAAGUACAUGACCAAGAAGACGAGCUCGGAUUGCUUUGGGAUGAUGACAUCGAAGACUGGAAACGUUACGACAGCAAGAUGGACGAGAACGGCAAUGUAGAAGUCGUCGAGGUUCCUGCCUUCAAGGGCGGUGCACCUUCUGAGGCAAUGGUGGCAUACACGGCGUGGAAGCGUUCUUCUCAGAAAAAGGGCGACCAAGAGCCAGAGUGA